ACGACACGCCUCCGCACCUGACUUCAAGAAGAUUUAGGAGACACUUCUCAAAGUAGUGGAACAUUCGAAGCCAGCAAGUGAGACUUUAAGAGGAUUUCGAGUGUGGAUUUUUAAAGUUGGACGAAUCGACUGAGCGUGACAGACAGACGCAGUUCCGCCCACAGAGAGGCAGUUUACAGAAACCAGGCAUGGAGGAGCUGACGAUAUGGGAGCAACAUACAAUAACGCUAAACAAGGACUCAAAACUGGGGUUUGGCUUCGCCAUAUCAGGAGGCAAGGACAAGCCUCACCCGGACAGCGGGGAUACCACCGUGGUGGUGUCAGAUGUGCUGCCAAAUGGACCAGCCAUGGGACGACUGUUCACCAAAGACCAAAUUGUCAUGGUCAACGGAGUGACAAUGGAGAACGUCCACUCUAACUACACCAUUCAGAUCCUCAAGUCAUGUGGCAAGACUGCAAACGUAACAGUGAAACGCCCUCGCAAGAUCCAGAUCCCAGCAACCACCAGGCCGUCUCGGGCCGCCUCCCAUUCCAACCUGCUGGAUCCGGAACCCCCGAGACGAACACGGCGCUACUCUGACGGCAGCGACAACCGCGACAGCAAUCGGUACCGUUACCGCGCCCGCAGCAACACGCCCGACCGCAACGGGCAUGGAAACACGCUACCGUUAAUGUCGUCUGGGUACAAGAGGCUGCCAUACCAGGACGUUCCAGACAAACCCAUCAAAACCACACUACUUAAAAAGAAAAUCACGGAUGAGUAUGGAUUGAAGCUGGGCAGUCAGAUCUUCAUCAAGCACAUGACAGAAACAGGCCUGGCUGCAAAGGAGGGAACUCUGCAGGAGGGAGACCUUAUUCUCAAGAUCAAUGGCAUGACGACGGAGAAUCUAUCCCUGCUGGAGACCAAGCACCUGGUGGAGAAGAGCAGGGGCAAACUGACCAUGACGGUCCUCAGGGACGACCGCAAGUUUCUGGUCAGCAUUCCAGAGGUGGAGGACAGCGCCCCCAACAGCGAGGACGACCGCCGACGAGACAGCAGCUCUGAACUGGAGGAUAUUUCAGACAUUGACGACGACAUGCCCACUUACAGAACGUCCCGCCAGCCCAACAGAGAGAAACGGACACGCAGAACGAGAGCUGAACCUCCUCCAGCCAAGUCUCGGGAUUCCUCACCUGUGCGCUCCACCUUGACCCGGCCUCCCGCAAGGACCUACGCCCCACGCAGAGCUCCAUCUGAGUCGGAGUCGGACCGCAGUGCCUCCCCUCCUGCCGUCAGGAGAAACAGUCCGGACACGAGGGAUCACUCCAGCAAAUACAAAGCUCUUUCUGGCGUGUCCACCCUCCCGAACCCCCGGUCCUCUCCGGUAGUCCACAACUGGACCACGACUCGCCCCACCUCCCCCGCCUCACGGCCUCGGAAGCCGGUGUCAGAGUCGGACUCCGAACGCAGCGCUUCCCCUCCACCGCGCAGAGAGAGCCCCCGCCCAGACAGCCGGUACAAAGUCCUCCCUGAUCUGCCCCACACAGCGCUGAGAGGCUCCCCCAUCACUGUUCGCUCAGAGCCGCCGAGGAGGGUCAACUCUCCAGUCAGAGUCCCGCCCCCAGACUCUGAGUCCGAGUCGGACGGAGGCUUGGCGCCUCCUCAGAGGCAGAGCACCACCUACAGCCAGGACUCCCUCAGCAGAUACAGAGUCCUGCCGGAUGUUGCCGUGGAGUCGCCAAAGUGGAGCGCUGCCGGCAAGCCGCCACAGAAAGCUCGCUCAGAGUCUGAAUCAGACGCCAGUUACGCAUCUGUCCCUCGCAAGAACUCCACAGACAGCGCAAACUCCAACACGGCGGAAAAUCGAGUCAGAGUCCUGCCUGAGGUGAAAGCCACCCCAGUCCCUGUGAAGCAGGCGCCUCCUCCUCGCCGCGUCGCAUCACCUGUCCGACCACCUCCUGAUGACUCCUCAGAGUCAGACAAUCUGUCCCACCUCAGGAGGUCUGGGAGCUCUGAGCGGGGGGAGACCCGUCACAGGGGUCCUCAGGCUGCCAAUGGAACGGGGACCCUCAGGUCCGGGAUUUCAGUGAAGAGCAACCCACCAGUCUACUCCAAGCCUGCAGAGGAGCCCAUCUACUCCCUCCCACCAGAUUCUUACCCAUCACCUAAUCCAGGGUACAGCUCAGAUCUUCACACGGUGUCGUUCGUGAAGGAGGGCAGCGUUGGUCUGCGGCUCGUCGGGGGCAACGAUGUUGGUAUAUUUGUAGGUGGAGUUCAGCCAAACAGCCCUGCGUACGACCAGGGAAUGAAAGAGGGAGACCAGAUCAUGCAGGUAAAUAAAGUUGAUUUUGGUCAUUUCACACGAGAAGAGGCCGCCAACUUCCUCCUGAACAUCAAGAAAGGAGAGCAGGUUCAAAUCUGCACUCAGAACAAGAUGGACCUUUAUAAAAAGAUCAUCAAGUCCAACCUGGCAGACAACUUCUACAUCCGCACCCACUUUGACCACGAGGUGGAAGGGCCCAUCGGUCUGAGCUUCACCAGAGGAGAGGUGUUCAGGGUGGUGGACACGAUGCACCGCGGGAAGCUGGGCAACUGGCUGGCCAUCCGCAUGGGGAACGACCUGCACGAGAUGGAUAAAGGCACCAUCCCCAACCAGGCCAGGGCUGAGACGCUGGCCAGCAUGGAGCAGGCACAGCGGGCGACCGGGGAGAGGCAGGUGUCAGGACCGAGAGCCGAGUUCUGGAAACUGCGGGGGCUCAGAGGGAACAAGAAGAACGACAAGACCGUCCGUCGGACCCGUGACGACCUGCUGCAGCUCACCAUUCAGGGCAAAUUCCCGGCCUAUGAGAGAGUCCUGCUCAGAGAAGCUAAUUUCAAACGGCCCAUUGUCGUUAUGGGUCCUCUUAAUGACAUCGCCAUGGAGAAGCUGGCCAGAGAGAUGCCUGAUGAAUAUGAAGUGGCAGACAUGGUUCCUCGCAGCGGAGGAGACAGCAGCUCCACAGUUAUUAAACUGGACACUGUGAGGAGAAUAGCAGAGAAGGAUAAGCACCCUCUUCUGGACAUCACUCCCACUGCGGUGGAAAGGCUGAACUACAUCCAGUACCACCCGAUGGUUCUGUUCUUGGACCCUCACAGCCGCAAGGACGUCAAGGCCAUGAGGCAGAGGUACAGCCCCAACUCCAACAAGAGCUCCAGGCGCCUUUACUCACAGGCCCUCAAGCUGAGGAAGGACUGCAGCCACCUUUUCUCAGCACGUAUCGACCUGCAGCCCAGCUCCAAUAUCUGGUAUGAGAGCCUAAAGGAUAAGAUCCGCCACCAACAGUCCAAACCCGUCUGGGUGUCUGAAGUCACGUUGGAGAGUGGUGGAGAGCAGGACUUGGAUGCUCUGGACCAAACCCAGUCGGACUACCUCAGUGCUGCCAGUGACCUGGAGGACACUGAUGGAGAGGCCUUCACCGACGGAGAGGCCUACACCGACAACGAGGACCUGGAGGAGGCUUACCCCGGUCAGAUUGCAGCCAAACCCCCCAAGAGCUCUGCUUUAGCCCGAUCAUCCGAGCCCGCCUCCGGCCACCGCAGCCCCACCUUGGACUCCGACCCUCACACUGACACGUACUCCAUCAGAGAAAUCCCACCGCUGUUGCACGUACCAGAGCCCAGGGCACCCCGCCGGGAGAGUUACAGCCCGCCUCACAGCGCUGCUGAGGAGGAAGACCCCUCUCAUCGCAGCUUUACAGACUCAGAUUUCAGUGCUCUUGAUGUGAUAGCACCCACCACUCCGUCAGACGGACCCCCGGACUUUAUAGCCCCCGACCCCUCCACUCGGUUCUCUGUGAACGAGCCCUCAUAUGCUGAGGUGAAGCCUGAGGGCCCACAGCAUGCCAGCCUGUCUGCUAUUGAGGAGAAAUUACAACAGGUUCGCUCUCCAGAGCCGCAGCCUCCGGCACAGGCUGAGGAAAGGAAGGGCCCUCAGUUCAUCGUGCUGGCACACCAUCACCAGGCGGUCCAGUUCAGACGCACACAGAUCCGAGGCAGCGACAGCUCCGAGGAUGACGAAGACGAGGAGGACGACAUCGAGUGGGGUCCCGCAACAGAACUCUAGACUUUGGGUGGGAGUAAAGAUGGAAUCUGCUGAUCUAAUGAGGACAUUUCACUCCACCAAGAAACCCAUGUCUUGGACCAUUUUGAACAUUUUUUCUGCAAAUUUUGUCAGCAGCCUUCACCGAGGGCCUUGUUCUGGUGUGGGUUACUGGAUUUUUAACAGACGACUAAAAAAUUUAACAUCCAAAGAAAGAAUGUCAACAUCAAAGUGCCUGAUUUCUUCACAUAGUUUUAUUUAAGUAACCCCACGUCAAGCAAAUCAGUUUGACCUUUGUUACUGCUGCUGUAUGUGACAUAGAAACCGAUUCUAGUUUUAUUAGAAAUCAUACUACAUGAGUCUCUUUUCAUAUAAAUAUGCCAGAACGUGUAUUAAAUGUGUGGAUGCCUGUUGAACUUUUUCUACAUUAAACUGUUUUCCUGA